AUGAAGACCGAGAAAGCCAAAAGCAGACUUUUUUACAGCGUUUUGACCUGUUUACUCGUGUUGGGAUGGUUUACGGUGACGUCGUAUUUACAGAAAUUGAAACCCGGGCUUUCGGUGUUCGAGAGUACACGUCGUUUUAGCGAGCGGGUUAGAAACCGGAGAAAAUCGUCGCAGCAACUAUAUGAACAACUAAGCGAUUCUGACGACACUUACUACGAUGAAGUGCACUGGUGUGUCGGUACGAGCUAUUUCUCCGAAAAUACAUUUUCGCGACAACCCUAUGUCAGCAAUGGGUACAUUGGGAGCCGGAUACCGAACGUGGGGCUAGGUUACGCCUUAGACACGCUAAACAUUUGGACAGCGAACAGUAGUGUUCCCGGUGCUCUCGACAAUGGGUGGCCCCUUCGGAAUCAACGGUUUGCAGGUGCGUUUGUCUCAGAUUUUUAUUGCCUGGAGCCAAAACUUAACUCGACUAAUUUCCCCGAAUUGGACGACGACGGAUAUUCGACAGUUUUGUCCGCCAUUCCGCAGUGGACAGAUUUGCAAUUUUCUGUGCGGAACGGGAGCCUCAAGUUCUCUGCCCAAGAUGUGCGGCUCGAAGAUGUGACGAACUACCAUCAAAACUUGUCAAUGCAAACGGGUGUUGUUUCCACUGAACUCGAUUGGCUUGGCUUUUUACACGUGAAAAGCUCUGUUUUGGCGCAUAGAAGUAAGCAUUCGCUUGGAAUCGUCACCUUGGAGUUGAACGUGAACCCAGGCUGGGACGUAGACGAAGUUGAUCUGGAACUAUGUGAUUGUUUAAACUAUACAACCGCCAGGAGAGUCGCGUUGCAAGAUAUUGGACACGAUUCAGGGGGCAUUUACAUGACUGUGAACCCAGACAACGUACCGUAUUCCUCGGCGUCUAUUUACUCCUCGUUUGAAUUGCUUUACGAUGGGGAACGCAGUGGAAAAUCCGAGUUUCGUUUUGAUGACAAUCGCACUACUAUUUCUCAAUGUGUGAGUGUCAAACUGGAAGCCGAUGGCCCGAUUCUUAAGGCUAAUAAGUUCACGGGUAUAAUGUCCACCGAGUAUGGCGACGGACGCCGUGAUCAAACCAAUUUGGAGUUCGCAAGGUCAGUAGUAAAAGAAAGUUUAGGCAGCUGCCACAAGCUGACUGAAAGUAAUAGAGCUGCGUGGGAAGCUUUAUACAGUGAUGCACAUAUUGAAAUUCCUUCUGAUAGCUUAUUGGAACUUGCGGCCAGAUCCUCAUUAUAUCAUCUGCUUGCCAAUACGAGAAGGUUCAAUGUGUCUGCUGAAAGGGGGCUUCCAAUGCCCGUCUCUGGCUUGAGCUCCGACUCAUAUGGUGGUAUGGUAUUCUGGGACGCUGAUAUUUGGAUGAUGCCCUCACUUUUGCCCUUUUUUCCGGAGAUCGCACGGCAUAUUGUAAAUUACCGUAAUGGCACGCACCAGCAGGCCGUCCUGAACGCCCAAAAAUAUGAUUAUUCUGGAGCUCUCUAUCCUUGGACUUCGGGGAGGUUUGCCAAUUGUACCUCCACAGGACCCUGUGUCGACUAUGAGUACCACGUCAAUUUUGAUAUAGCAAUGGCGUCUUUCCUAAUGUAUUUGAAUGGCGAAGGAGAAGACUAUCUUCGUUACACCACAUGGCCUCUCGUCAGGGAUGCAGCCAAGUUUUUUGCCGAAUAUGUCCAGAUUAACCAUACCACGGGUCAAUACGAGACGUUCAAUUUAACUGAUCCAGAUGAGUACGCCAAUUUCGUCAACAAUGGUGCAUUCACGAAUGCUGGUAUCAAGACGUUAAUGAAGUGGGCCACAGACAUAGGCUAUCAUCUGGGCAAUGAAGUGGAUCCGAAGUGGAAUCACAUUUCUAAAAACAUUUAUAUUCCCAUGGCAGAGUCUAAUAUUACACUGGAGUACAGUGGGAUGAACGCGUCUGUUGAAAUCAAGCAAGCGGAUGUGGUGCUUAUGACUUAUCCCUUGGGGUAUAUAACGGAUGAAACGAUUUUGAAAAACGCGAUAAGAAAUUUGUACUACUACUCUGAGCGACAGUCGGCUUCCGGUCCAGCCAUGACCUACCCCGUGUUUGUCGCUGCCUCUUCACUUCUCAAUCAUGGAUGUUCGUCACAGAGCUACUUGUACAAAUCUGUUCUGCCGUACUUGAGAGCACCUUUUAUGCAAUUCAGCGAACAGUCGGAUGAUGAUUUUUUGACAAACGGUUUAACCCAACCCUCGUUUCCAUUUUUAACUGGGAACGCUGGUUUCUUGCAAGGCAUUUUAUUUGGCCUAACGGGAUUGAGGUACUCUUACGAAGUGGAUCCCGCCUCGAAAACUAUCAACCGAUUUUUGAAGUUCAUCCCCAUGAAACUUCCAUUACUUCCUGGCGGCAUUGCAAUUCGAAAUUUCAAAUACAUGGGACAGGUGUUGGAUGUCAUUAUCGAUGAUAAAAAUGCCACCCUCAUUCACAAGCAGGGAGAUCUGGCUGUAACGUUGAAGACUUUUAAUAGAAGUUUCAAUACGGAUCGGCAACUCGGCGCUCACCAUAUGUGGACAGAACUUUUAGCGAAAAACGAGUCCCUACCGGCUACGUUCUAUACUCUAAAUCCUAGAGAAACGCUGUCACUCCCAUUGUUCGAACCCCUCCUUAAUAUUGACAACAAUUUAGCCGAGGGCAAGCAAAUCACCAAUUUCACUGCUGGGGUCCCAGGAGAUGUUGUCUAUUCUGCAGUCGAUGGCAACAACUACACUCACUGGCAGCCUUUAAAUAAGGACAUGCGUGCAAAGUUACUCAUUGACCUUGGGCCUGACAAUGACAAGCCGCUUACGCGAGGCAUGAUUCUUUGGGGCAAAAGGCCAGCGAGAAAUGUUUCCGUCUCGGUUUUGCCGUCUCACGGGAAAUACGUCAAGGGGAUCAAAAUAAAGAAACGAGAGGAGGACGAAACUGGUUUCUGUCCGUUGACGAUUUUGCGCGGCAGAUGUAAUGUCGCCAGCGCCAUUGCCCUGCCGGAAGACAGUCACAUAUUCGAUACUGAAUUAAGGGAUAUGCUGAAUUCAGAGAGACUGGAUCUUGAACAACUCACGAGGCUUUCGCCAAAUUAUUCUGUUUUCACGGACAGGUUUGUUACCAUUUUAGAAGAUUUCCAAGUGUUUCCCUCGGAGCCAUAUUACGAAACGCUACAACGAAACAAAUCCAUAGUCAUUUUGCCCAGUAACAAAACCGAAUUUGUAUUCGACUAUGAAGAACUCUGUAUGCGGGCUUGCAACGAUACUCAUGUGUGCGCUGAAAACGCCAUCACUGGCUUACCUCCGCCUCGGUUUGUUCUUCUCAGCGUAGAAGGUACCUACGAUGAUGAUAAAGAUCCCAAGGGCGCUACAAUCGAAGAGAUUGCUUUCUUGUCCGAUUGA